ACAGAUGGCUCUCUGCAGAGUGAAGACUGGACACUCAACAUGGAGAUCUGUGACAUUAUCAACGAGACAGAGGAAGGACCAAAGGAUGCUAUUCGAGCGCUUAAGAAGAGGCUGAAUGGAAACAAAAAUUACAGAGAGGUCAUGCUGGCACUGACGGUGUUGGAGACCUGUGUGAAGAACUGUGGCCAUCGUUUUCACGUCUUGGUGGCAAACCGCGACUUCAUCGAUGGUGUUCUGGUGAAAAUCAUCUCACCCAAGAAUAAUCCCCCCACUAUUGUACAGGACAAAGUACUAGCACUGAUCCAGGCUUGGGCUGAUGCCUUUCGAAGUAGCCCUGAUUUAACUGGAGUAGUGCAUAUUUAUGAAGAACUCAAGAGGAAAGGCAUAGAGUUUCCCAUGGCAGAUCUUGAUGCUCUGUCUCCAAUACACACACCACAGAGGAGCGUUCCUGAAGUCGAUCCUGCAGCAAAUAUGCACAAUUCACAGUCCCAGCAAAGGAUGAGCACCAGCUCUUACUCCUCAUCUUCUCCAACAGCGUAUUCUGCUCCUCAGGCCCCAGCUCUGAAUGUGACUGGUCCCAUCACUGCAAAUUCUGAACAGAUUGCCCGGCUGCGCAGUGAGCUGGAUAUCGUCCGUGGGAAUACAAAAGUGAUGUCUGAAAUGCUGACAGAAAUGGUACCUGGACAAGAGGAUUCCUCAGACCUUGAAUUACUUCAGGAGCUGAACCGGACCUGUAGAGCUAUGCAGCAGAGAAUUGUGGAGCUUAUCUCAAGAGUGUCCAAUGAAGAAGUCACAGAGGAGCUGCUGCAUGUGAAUGAUGAUUUAAACAAUGUUUUCCUCCGAUAUGAAAGAUUUGAACGAUACAGAUCAGGACGUUCAACACAAAACGCCAGCAACGGAGUACUGAAUGAGGUGACAGAAGAUAAUUUAAUAGAUUUGGGUCCUGGCUCUCCAGCUGUAGUGAGCCCAAUGGUUGGAAAUUCAGCGCCCCCAUCUUCACUUUCUUCACAGCUUGCAGGGCUUGACUUGGGUACAAACAGUGUCAGUGGCACCCUCAGCUCUCUACAGCACUGUAAUCCUCGUGAUGACUUCGACAUGUUUGCACAGACAAGAGGCAGUUCCUUGGCUGAGCAACGAAAGAACGUGACGUACGAGGAUCCGCAGGCUGUCAAAGGACUGGCAUCUGCCCUGGAUGUCCGAAAACAGAACACAGGAGGGACCUUUCUGUUCUCAACACAGAGGAGAGGUAAAGGUGGGAACUCAGACAUGGAGCCCAUAGACAAGUGGCUAAUUACACAAGGAAUGAUCCCUGUUGCACAGUCCUCUGUCAUGGAUGACAUUGAGGAGUGGCUCAGUACCGACUUGAAAGGAGAUGAACUGGAAGAAGGAGUGACCAGUGAAGAGUUUGACAAAUUUUUAGAAGAGCGAGCCAAAGCGGCGGAGAUGGUUCCCAAUCUGCCAUCCCCUCCCCUGGAAGCCCCAACCCCUCCAACAAACCCUUCCGGCAGGAAAAAGCAGGAGCGCUCGGAGGACGCCCUCUUUGCACUGUGA